UCCCCAAAAAACGGAAGUGGAAAAAAUAGCACACAGUGACAUACCUUGCAGUACACACCACUGUCUGGACAAGCUAUCUUGGAAGUCUAUUGGAGUUAGUGGUGUUAUAACAAAAAAAUUCAACCAAAUAGAAGAUUGAUGUCAUUUGUUGGAACGCAAAACGGCGGUCGGCGUAGUAAAUGGGACCAGCCGGGCCCGGGUCCUGGUUCGGGCCAGAUGGGGGAGGCGGAGGCAGCCCCUACAGGGGCCCUGGACGCUGCAGCUGCCGUGGCUGCUAAGAUCAACGCCAUGUUGGUGGCUAAAGGCAAGCUCAAGCCGUCUCAGAUAGGACCCCCCGGGCCCCCGGAGAAGGUUGUGGGUGCCGGGAAGCCCCAGCCACCCAUGAAAGCUAAGGAUGACCUGGUGGUGGCGGAGGUGGAGAUCAACGACGUUCCUCUCACAUGUCGGAACCUCCUGACUCGUGGGCAGACACAGGAUGAGAUCAGCAGAGUGAGUGGCGCUGCUGUGUCCACCAGGGGGCGGUACAUGGCAGCAGAGGAGAAGAACAAGGCUCUACAAGGGGACCGGCCCCUCUACCUCCACGUCCAGGGACAGACCAGGGAACUGGUUGACCGGGCUGUGAACCGUAUCAAGGAGAUCAUAACUAACGGGGUUGUGAAGGCUGCCACCUCCUCCUCCUACAGUGGAACUGGAACCACGGUCACAGUCUACCAGCAACACAACCCUCCACCUCCUUCACUGCCCCCCAUGAACCACCAUCACAGACCGCACUUUCAGUCCGGGAUGCACUAUGUACAGGACAAGUUGUUUGUGGGUCUCGAGCACGCUAUCCAGGGCUUCUCUGUGAAGGAGCGGGUGGAAGGGCCAAACUGUUCCUACCUGCAGCACAUCCAGGCGGAGACAGGGGCCAAGGUGUUCAUCAGGGGGAAGGGAUCAGGCUGUCUGGAGCCCGCCUCCGGGAGAGAGGCUUUCGAACCCAUGUACAUCUACAUUAGUCAUCCCAAACCAGAGGGCCUUGCUGCAGCCAAGACGCUGUGUGAAAACCUUCUCCAGACGGUACACGCGGAGUACUCUCGCUUCCUCAACCAAAUGAGCGCCAUGAUGCCCACACAAGGCUUCAUGCAGCCCCCUAUGGUCAAUGGGAUGCCCCCACAGCCCCCCUACUACCCCCCAGCAGGCUACCAGCCCAGCUACCCCCUCCCUGUACCUCCUCCCCAGACCCAGCCCGUUCCUCCACCCUAUACUGUCCCCCCUCCCAUACCACCUGGUGUGCCCGCUGGUCACCCCCCUCCCAGCCAGUACACUCUGCCCCCCGCCCCUAUCAGUCUACCACAGUCUCUCCCCCCUGCUCCUUUCCCACCUUCAGCUCCGGCCCCGCCCAAAGCACCGCCUCCUGCUGUCUCAUCCAAUCCACCGCAGAAAAGACGCUUCACAGAGGAGGUGCCAGACGAGAGGGACAGCGGCCUGCUGGGAUACCAGCAUGGACCCAUUCAUAUGACUAAUUUAGGUGCAGGCUUCCCUGUGGGCAGCCCCGCCCCUGAGGCUUCAGGACCCCCGCCACCGAGUUCCUCCGGGCCGCCGAGGGAGAGGGACAGUAGGCAGCUGAUGCCUCCGCCGCCGAUGCCGAUGAAUGGAGGAGUAAGACCCAAGAUGGAGGAGAGGAGGGCGCUGCAAGGGCCCCUGGAGCCGCCAGUUAAGAGGAUGAAAACCGGCCUUGUUGCGUACACUGGCGACUCCUCGGAUGAAGAGGAGGAUCACUCCAACCCCAAAACCUUGGGAGCAGGUAACCACGGUAACCUCGCUGGGGCAACCCACUCCACACCCACAUCAUCUGCGGGCUGGACUCUGGGGUACCGCAGCCCGCCUCCACCGCCCCAACGUGCCAAAACACAGCAGGCACAGACCACGCAGCCUAUGCCCUUCUGGAUGGCCCCAUAGCACAGGACCCCCACCCUUCUCCAACACCACGGGUCUUCUGAUGAGCCCCUCCCCAAACGCUUAUAUCCCACUCCCUUCCUCCCCCUGAACUAUCAGCCCUACCUGGUCUUCUACUGGAUAGAUCUUCUUUUGACGUGACUUAGAUUUCCUUACAACGUGUUUGUCGUGGGCCCAGCGGGGAAGAGGUGUUUCUGUGGACUAAGCUGACAGGCUCAUGAACUGGCUCAGCUGCAGCCAACAGGUUGAUGUGAGAGACGAUGGCUGGAAUGCUAAAACAGCUGGAAGCCCCAGAUGUACACCCAGAGAGCCCGAUUCAGCUGUACUCUGUUUGAGCUUGGAAUAAGAGACGCGGCUGAGGAACUGAUAAUGUACAUGUUGAAUAAUAGAACCAUGUUUUUACCUGCUCAUGAAUGAUCCACCUCUGGUUUUACUGUUGUAGAAAACGGAGGCGGAAGAGAAUCGAUACAUUCACAAUGACUUGUGUAAAAUAAGCCCUUCACCCUACCACUUUUUGCUUUCCCAUUGUUACUCACGUCUCCCUCUGAUGAUACAGACACAGGAGUUGGGUUUUUAGGAAAUGCUAUUGACUCCACAGUUCUCAUGUUUUUGUGGAAUAAAUUGACAUUAUUUA